UGUAUAUGUUAUGUAAUGUCCGCUCAUUAUAACCAUUAUAAUGAUUAUUAGACUAUAAUUACGGCAAUUAAUGAGUGAAUACAUUAUAUAGCAGUCAUUGCAGUAAACAUAUAGACGUGAUGUUUAGCGCAAUCAAUGAAUAAGUGAUAAACAAUCUUAACAUUGAAAUCAAUACAAACCCUACAAACCAGUGUCUGAAUGGCCACACCAUUAGACAUCUCCCGACGAAACCCACAACAAGAGUAUGAUUUGAUCCAAAGGGUUGGUUCGGGCACUUAUGGCGACGUCUAUAAGGCGCGUCGGUUGAGUGACGGGGAGUCGGCGGCCAUCAAGAUCAUAAAGCUAGAGCCGGGCGACGACUUCACGAUCAUUCAACAGGAGAUCCUUAUGAUGAAAGGCUGUCGUCACCCAAAUGUGGUCGCGUUCUUCGGCUCAUACCUCAGACGCGACAAACUCUGGAUAUGUAUGGAGUUCUGCGGCGGCGGAUCUCUUCAGGACAUAUACCACUGCACCGGACCGUUGAGUGAGCCUCAGAUCGCAUACGUGUGUCGGGAGACGUUGGCCGGUAUCCUAUACCUGCACUCUAUGGGCAAAAUGCAUCGCGACAUCAAAGGGGCCAACAUUUUGCUCACCGAUGAGGGAGACGUGAAACUGGCCGACUUCGGGGUCUCGGCUCAGAUCACUGCCACUAUCAAUAAACGCAAGUCUUUCAUUGGCACUCCAUAUUGGAUGGCACCCGAAGUGGCGGCCGUUGAGCGCAAGGGCGGGUACAACCAUCAGUGCGACAUCUGGGCCGUCGGCAUCACUGCCAUCGAGUUGGCCGAACUCCAGCCCCCGAUGUUUGACUUACACCCGAUGCGGGCCCUCUUCCUGAUGUCCAAGUCUGGCUUCAAACCGCCUCAACUCAAGGACAAGAGCCGGUGGUCACAGAACUUCCAUCACUUCGUCAAAGUGUCGCUCACGAAGAAUCCCAAGAAGAGGCCGUCGGCCGAACGCCUCCUCCUUCACCCGUUUGUGCAUCAGUCAGACCUCACCCGCAGACUAAUGCGUGAGUUGUUGGAAAAGGUGUCAAGUCUUGAGCACUUCAAUGGCCACGAGUUGGACGCCGACGACGAACUCGUGUAUGACGUCCCGCAACGCAUAUCAUCGAAGCGAUCGGUUCGCUCACACAUUAAGACCCGAUCGGAACUCCAUAUGGAAAGCAUUAACUUUGAGACUCCAUUAGUGACCCAACUGUCGACGCAAUUGUCGAGUGCCACCGAACAGGAGUCCAUCCAAAUGCCCACCGAUGUGUCACUGGCCUGGGGUAUAGGGGGUAUAGGCUCUCAGCACAACACCGCUCUCUCGCACGACACGGACACUGACGUCGACCGCGAACUCCGGCGACGAUCUCUACUCGAAAUGGUUGACGAAGAGCUCCUACAUCUCGGACAUCAGGACAGUCUUCAGGCCAUCGACAAGACACUGCGUCUCUACUCAUCGCAACAAACUCUUCCAAUAGAACCGUUCACUUCUUCGCUGAGACACCAAUUAUUAGGCAAUGAAUUGAAUGCAAUCGAGUUGUUGCACAUCGACGACGACGAGUACUCCACCCCUCCCUCCACUCCUAAAGUUAAUGGCAAUAAUAUUAGUGAAGUGAGCGAUCAAAGCGAUGAAACUGCGUUAUCAGCCAAUGGACAGCCAAACGCGGCCAACAAUGGGACCAACAAUGGCUCAAUGGCUAGCAAUGAAUCGAGUGGUAGCGACGAGACUCAACCCCCUUUAGCGCCGCCUCGGCGUCGAGAUCGGCACAAGAGAGUGAGUUCAGUGCAGGACUCGCCGGGCACUGCGGUGAAUGGUCUGCCGCCCACCCCGAAAGUGCACAUGGGCGCUUGUUUCUCCAAAGUGUUCAACGAGUGCCCGCUUCGCAUCAACUGUUGUGCCUCUUGGAUACAUCCCGACACUCACGACCAGCACAUACUGUUGGGCUGCGACGAAGGCAUAUACGACCUCAACCUUAAUGAACUACACGACGCCACCAUUGAUCAGUUAUAUCCGCGUAAAACCAUUUGGCUGUUUGUCAUCAAAAAUGUGUUGAUGUCUGUGUCGGGCAAAGCUUCAUAUCUCUAUAGACACGACUUACUGUCCCUCCACUCCAAGAAGAACAUCUCAUUCGGACUUCCGGUCGAUUCGAUGAUCAAUAAAAUACCCGAACGACUGAUGCCUCGGAAGUUCAUCGCAACGAACAAAGUGUCGGACACUAAGGGGUGUGUGAAGUGUUGUGUCGGACGGAACCCAUACAACGGGUAUAAGUAUUUAUGCGGCGCCACUCCUAACGGCAUAUUUCUUAUGCAAUGGUAUAACCCGUUAAAUAAGUUUAUGUUUUUGAAACAGUUUGAGUUAUAUUUGCCAUCAAAACUACACGUGUUUGAAAUGAUAAUAACACCCGAUUUAGAGUAUCCUAUGCUUUGUAUUGGAGUGAAGAGGGGUUACGACACAACACAAGAGCACUUACAACUAGAUAUGAUUAACUUAAACUCUACUACCAAUUGGUUUAAUGAUGGAUACGGUGACCAUUUGGGUGACGGCACCGAAACCGUCAUUCCCAGACACCAACACUCCCUCGACAUCAAAGCCGUCACUCAAUUAGAAAAGGAUACGAUUCUUGUUUGUCACGACUCGGAGGUGAAGUUAGUGUCACUUCAGGGCCAACUCAAGUCCAGUCGCCGACAACCGGCACGACUCCACUUCGACUUCUCCGUCGAGUCGAUUGUCUGUUUGACGGACUCUGUGCUGGCCUUCCACUCACACGGAAUGCAAGGCCGCUCUUUCAAGAACAAUGAGGUCGUCCAAGAGAUCAAUGACCAGAGCCGACACUUUCGACUCCUGGGCUUCGAUCGCAUCGUUGUGCUCGAGUCCAGACCCACCGAUCAACCCAACGCUCCCUCCAAUCUAUAUAUACUCGCCGGUCAUGAGAAUAGUUAUUAAUUAUAUUGCAGUUCACUUAUCAUUACAAUUAUAAUAAAAUUAUUGAUAGUUAU